AUGAUCGUCUGUCAGUCCGGUACAGAUCAUUUGUUAAAGAUGUUGGCAAGCAAGGCUUCCUUUGAGAUAGGCAUGAUCAUGAGAUGCCUGAUUGUGGCAUCAGUCACCGGCCUGCUUUCUGGCAUACACACCGCUGUGGCCACGGCAAUUGCGUCAGAGCUUGUGUUUGAGGGUGUGGAACUGAUGGCCACCGUUUCAGAUGCUGCUUUCCAUCGAGAAAAGAUACUCGAUAGACAUAACUACCUUCGUUCGCGUGAGGCGGAGAAUGGCUUUGGUUCUGGGGCCGUCUUCAUGAACAGACUGGUGUACGAUGUCGGCAUGGAGGCGCCGUUACGAGUCGCUCGCGGAGAGAACUUGUACACAAAUAGCGUCGAUUACUCGAGAACUCCUUCGGGAAACUUCGACUCCGCCCAGAUAGUCCAAAAAUGGUGGGACGAGCGACAGUACUUCGACUGGCAUGCAGAAAACCCUUCGCAGUCAGCCCAGCGCCAGGGGAAAAUGGUGGGGCACUGGACACAAGUCGUAAGAGCCGAAGCGUCCACUGUCGGUUGCUGGAUCGUCACGGGGUGCCAGUGCAAAGCCGGGAAGUCCUGUCAGAAGGCAAACAACGGAAGAUGGGCUACAUAUAUGGCAUGCCAUUACGAUUAUGGCAACCUGGGACACUACCCAUAUUGGCCCCUCAACGCAAAUAUUCAGUACCGCAUGCCGUCGACAGUGGCUCCAAACCGGCGUCAACGAUGUGGCAGCUGUCCCAAGGGCUUUAAUCAGUGCGGAACAACCAUAGGGGGCGGAGAGAAGAGAGACGCCUACUUGUGCGCCGGUUACUGGAAUAUUAACGAAGCAAUGCCACCAGCUGACCUGCUUCGCAAAUCCAUCUCCACGCGGCACAGUUCCAGCGGGAUUCCAUCUUGGUACUUCAUGGUCCGGAACUGCGCACGAGGGAAUGGCUCGUGCCCGUCGAACUCAUCGUGCUGGACAUACGAAAACGGGAAGGCGUUAGUAGCGGAGCCACCAGUCCUUGUGAACCAGUGUCAAUGCAACGGGUUCAGCACACAGUAUGGCAUAUAUUUCGAGCGGGAUAUGUGUGGGCAGUACAGUGCCAUCCAACCAUACUAUGAUGCAGACGCCUUUUUGGCCUUCGCGGAAAUCGGCGGAUUAAAUACUUCCUCCGCGACUCUUGUUGGCAACGCUCCGAGUUCGACAAGACGAUCAGACAAAGUAUUAGAGAAACGUCGCCUCAGUACUCAUCUUCACACGGCUGGUGGAUAUCUCGACGCCCGCAGCUCCUUGGCGGAACUCGGGAAGCACGAUGAUAUCGGCGAGUUAGACCAGACUCUACCGCUGGCAGAAACACCGGAAGAGGCGUCCGAUCUCGUUCUUCAUUUGGACAAAGGGUCCCAACGAGUGUCCGUCCAGCAGCCGAGUGCUGCUGGAGACUCAGUUCGCAAACAAAAGCAACGUCUCUUCUCUCCAACAGCGGCAGACGGCUUGGUCGAUGAUCUGACAUUCCUGUCGCUGCAAGCUGUUCGACACGUAAUACCACCUUCCGAUGACCUGAUGUUUGAAUGGAGGAAUGUGCGGGACCCUCAGCUCAUAGCCAGGAGACCUGCGGCGGCUAGAGACGCCGUUGGAAGUGCACUACAGGUUGUACCAACCCUUCGAGGCAUUAGUCAACACCAUCGUGAACCCGUUUCUACUAGGCUCAGCACCGCUCAUGAACGAGAACCUUUGGGCUUUGAGAUGGGAAACAAUGAAAAGUCGCUCGAGGAUUAUUCAACAGGGAGGUCAGUUGAGACCCCCAGUCUUCAACGAGUAGAAUUAAACGCCAGUACUGCAACGAAUUCAGUUGUAAAUGGGGAAAAACAGAUCAACGUAUCUCCCACAUCACCUGAGGCGAACGCUGAAGAAGGGCCCCCCCUUGCUGAAGUUGUGGAUGACGAAGAAACCUCUUUACGGGGUGCUCCUGUGAACAUGAAGGCUGUGCAAAAUGAGGCACGUGAGAAAAACAAAUUUCCACUGCCGUCUGCAGACGAAGCAGGCAGCGACUACACGAGGAAGCCAAGGCCUUCAGAUGAACAAAGAGAACCAUCCGAAAGGCCGAUGAAGCCGUAG